AUGGGGGUAUUUAGCAACGUCGACGUUUCGAUGCCACCAUCCUACGACGACUUUGUUUCAGGCCAAGAUCCCAGGUUCUGCAAGCACGUUCACGACAACGUCCAUGGCAACAUUUAUCUGGAUCCUCUUAGUUUGAAGUUCAUAGACACCGAGCAGUUUCAGAGGCUUCGGGAGUUGAAACAACUGGGUUUUACGCACAUGGUUUAUCCAGGUGCUGUACAUUCCAGAUUCGAGCAUUCUCUUGGUGUGUAUUGGCUAGCUGGUCAAUGUGUGAACAAAAUUAAAACUUAUCAGGGAGUUGAGCUUGGCAUUGAUAGAUUUGAUGUUCAAACAGUGAAGCUUGCAGGACUUCUGCAUGAUGUGGGUCAUGGCCCUUUCAGUCACUUGUUUGAACGGGAGUUUCUUCCCCAAGUUAUCAGUGGUUGUGACUGGACACAUGAACAAAUGUCAGUCAAUAUGAUUGAUUACAUUGUUGAUGAACACCGUAUUGAUGUUGACUCCCAAAUGAUAAGAAGAGUAAAGGAUAUGAUACUGUCAAGCUUUGAAUUUGCUCCCCCAAGGAGCUCAAGUGAGAAAAGUUUCUUGUAUGAUAUUGUCGCAAAUGGCCGAAAUGGAAUUGAUGUUGACAAGUAA